AUGGCGCGGUCCAGUCCGCAGUCUGCAGACUCCACGCGCUUGCUGCUCUCUGGCGGCCGGAGCCGUGAGUCUGGGGAACUCGAGCAUCGCACCUUCUACGCUCGGGGCGCCGGCGCUGGCGGCGAGGUGAACGGCACGGCGGUCGGGGGGCUGGUGGUGAGUGCGCAGGGCGUGGGCGUGGGAGUCUUCCUGGCCGCCUUCAUCCUCACCGCGGUGGCAGGCAACCUGCUGGUCAUCCUCUCCGUGGCCUGCAACCGCCAUUUACAGACGGUCACCAACUAUUUCAUUGUGAAUCUGGCCGUGGCCGACCUGCUGCUGAGCACCACGGUGCUCCCCUUCUCAGCCACCAUGGAGGUCCUGGGCUUCUGGGCCUUCGGCCGGGCUUUCUGCGACGUGUGGGCCGCCGUGGACGUGCUCUGCUGCACAGCCUCCAUCCUCAGCCUCUGCACCAUCUCGGUGGACCGGUACGUGGGCGUGCGCCACUCGCUCAAGUACCCCUCCAUCAUGACCGAGCGCAAGGCGGCCGCCAUCCUGGCGCUGCUCUGGGCCAUAGCCCUCGUGGUAUCCGUGGGGCCGCUGCUGGGCUGGAAGGAGCCGGUGCCCCCGGACGAGCGCUUCUGCGGCAUCACGGAGGAGGUGGGCUACGCCGUCUUCUCCUCCCUGUGCUCUUUCUACCUGCCCAUGGCCGUCAUCGUGGUCAUGUACUGCCGCGUGUACGUGGUUGCGCGAAGCACCACGCGCAGCCUGGAGGCUGGUGUCAAGCGCGAGCGGGGCAAGGCCUCGGAGGUGGUGCUGCGCAUCCACUGUCGCAGCGCAAGCACCGGCUCGGACGCGGCCCGUGGCAGGAGGCGCAGCGCCAAGGGCCACACCUUCCGCAGCUCACUGUCCGUGCGCCUGCUCAAGUUCUCCCGCGAGAAGAAGGCGGCCAAGACUCUGGCCAUCGUCGUGGGAGUCUUUGUGCUCUGCUGGUUCCCCUUUUUCUUCGUCCUGCCACUGGGCUCCCUGUUCCCGCAGCUGAAGCCCUCGGAGGGCGUCUUCAAGGUUAUCUUCUGGCUGGGCUACUUCAACAGCUGCGUGAACCCGCUCAUCUACCCCUGCUCCAGCCGCGAGUUCAAGCGCGCCUUCCUCCGCCUCCUGCGCUGCCAGUGCCGCGCCGCGUGCGCCCUGCCCUCGGAGGUGGAGACUGUGUCCCUAGGCGUCCCCCAAGACGUGGCCCAGGGCGCCACCUGCCAGGCCUAUAAAUUGGCCGACUACAGCCAUCUCCAGGAAACUGAUAUUUAAGGACCCUGGGGAGUAUGUCAGCGGUGGGAGGAACGGUAUGGAGAGGGAGGCUGGCUUUGUUCAAGAGGCCGGUGAAAAUCGGGGACCCAGAAACUGAUCAGGAAAUCUGCUCUCCUGCAUCCCUGAGGAACUGAGGUGGGGGUGGGGCCCUUAAAGGGUGAAAAGUGAUGGAACCCCCACCCCCACCCCGACUGGACACAAAUACCCCCAGUUCCCUUUCCAGGUAGGGGCUGCGGGCUCCUUGGGGCCAUUUUGCUUCCAAUCUCUGUUUGAGAAACACUGCCCUGUCCAUGUCCUGAACCCAGGAUAGAUGGCCCCAAGUAUGGUCAGGCAGCCCUGUCCCUCCUCCUGGGGAGGGAAGGACACAGAGGCCCUGCCUGGCUGCCCACAAUGCCUCCCCUAGGGGAAAACUCAGUGGGGCUUCUCAACGGACACAAUUUCUCCUUACUGCCAACUGGAAGAAUCCAGUGGACCUGCCACUGCCACCCAUAAGCUUUGGUGGCAGAUUGGGUGACCGCGCUAGAAGCCUGUUGUAUUAACCAGUGGGCCCACUCCCCUCUGUUGAGGCUCCUCCCUGCAUACCUAGCCCUGCCCCCAUUAUGUCUCCCCAGGGGCCUUACUGUUUACACUCUGUAUAUAGUUCGUUGUGCCUGUGCCCACCGUUUCUCCCUGGGAUCCAGAGCCAUCAAAUGGGGAGAGCUUUGUCAUUUUUAGACAUAUUUAUUGGUCAGAGAACUUCUAUUUUGUCCAAACGGUGCAAACUGUCCCUCUUUAGCAUACAAACCAUAAAGAACUACAUUUUUUCCCUAAAAUCCUUCAAGUACUAACGACCACAACAAAAUAGAUUGGGUCUGUGUUCACCUUUCUAGUUUCAAUCUAACUGUCUCUUUAACUGAUGGCUGCUGCCCUUUGGGACUUCUAGCAUAACCAAAGGCCUCAGGUUGGCUUUUAAAGUUCAUACAACCAGUCUUGGCAACCAAACAGUAAUCAUAAGUACAAAUUUUCCCUUUGCCAGUCUCCCCAGAUGAACCUGUGUUGUUCUGAGGGCCUCAGUGAGGACGGUGGCCAUCAGUUAAAUAGGUGAAACAUUACAUGAAAAAUAUACCAGCCCAAGUAGACAGGAGUACAUGGUGAGUGAGAGAUAUCUACCUAGAAAGAAUGCUUGUUAGUUUUGGGUAAAAUGUCCAACACUUGUCAUAUUCCCAAGAGACUGUAGGUAGUUCAGUCCUCAGCUGGAUAAUAUCAACCACAUCCAUCCAUCCAUCCAUCCAUCCAUCCAAGUAAGGGUCAGUGAGGAUUAAACACUGGGCUCACAGGCAGAUUCAACAGCAGGGGAAGGUCUCUGAGCAGGGCGAACUUUGGUUCCCACCUGCCAGGGCAACUGAGCCUACAGGAGGUCAAGAGUGGGGACAAGGGAGCAGGGUGGGGAGGGGGCUGUCAGCAGAAGGAUUCAGUGGGGGGACCUCCCUGUCGUGGAUAAUAGUUGGCGUGGAGGCGGGCAGGGUCAGCAGUUUGCCCAGUACUUUUUCUAGGCUCGAUGAUCAGUCAGCAAAAUCUAUCUGAUGUUCAAGCCUCA